GAAGUUACGUGAAGGAAGUGGCAGGCAUUCUGGGUAGUGGUCUGUUUACUUCCUGCGGCUGAUUUGUCGCGUCGGUGAGGAUGGCCCUGGAGACGGUGCCGAAAGACCUGCGGCAUCUGCGGGCUUGUUUGCUGUGCUCGUUAGUCAAGACCAUAGACCAGUUUGAAUAUGACGGCUGUGACAAUUGCGAAGCGUACCUGCAAAUGAAGGGCAACAGAGAGAUGGUGUAUGACUGCACCAGCUCCUCAUUCGAUGGGAUCAUCGCGAUGAUGAGCCCAGAAGACAGCUGGGUCUCCAAGUGGCAGCGAGUCAGUAACUUUAAGCCAGGUGUAUAUGCUGUGUCAGUCACUGGUCGCCUGCCCCAAGGAAUUGUUCGGGAGCUGAAAAGUCGGGGAGUGGCCUACAAAUCCAGAGACACAGCAAUAAAGACCUAGCUAGGUGCAGCCCACGGUGUCUUCUCUCUUCUUCUGGCCCGUGCUUGUUUUCGUGGAACUAAACAGGCGGAACUCCAGAUGCUCCCUGCCCUCUGUCUCAGCAUCAGCAGACUCCCGUGAAAGCAGCACAUCCGGCCCUUGAGUCAUUUCACUUUCUCUGAGGCCUGGUGAAGUGGGAGUGUCUGCUGGGUGGAGUCUCAGAGACUGAUGGAGGAGAGUAAGAGGCUGGUUCCUACCACUGCCCAAGGCUCUGCCUUUGUCAGAUACCAAUAAAAUAAACUUCUGGGAUACACUUAAA